GAAGUACAUGACGGUGCAGCCGUACGCCAGCCAGGGGAAGGACGAGAUCGGCUUUGAGAAAGGGGUCACCGUGGAGGUCAUCCAAAAGAACCUGGAGGGCUGGUGGUACAUCAGGUACCUGGGGAAGGAGGGCUGGGCCCCGGCCUCAUACCUGAAGAAGAUGAAGGAGGACUUCUCAUCCCCUGGCCGGAAGAAGACCCUGACAGGCCCUGUGGAGAUCAUAGGCAACAUCAUGGAGAUCAGCAACCUGCUCCAGAAGAAGUCCAGCAGUGAGAAGGAUUUCCAAACGGAUGGAGAUGCCACCAGUCCUGAGCGCCACAUCUCAAAGAGUGAGAUCAGCCUGCCCAUGCCCUAUGCCCCAGGUUACAAUCCCAGUCCCGACCACGGCCCCAGCCCUGGCCCAGGUCCGAGCCCCAGUCCUGGGCUGAGUUCUGGGUCUGGGAUGGGUACCUCCAAUCCUAGCCUGGGCCCUGGUGCUAGUGGCCCUCUACAGGACAGUAAGGGGAAGACAGAGCCUGGUUCUCCUGCUGUAGCACGUGUCGCUCCACACAGAGUGUCGAUAG